UUCGGCAGUCCCAAGGGCGUCCAUCUUCGCCUUACCUAGAGAGUGCCUUGAUGUAGUCGCCAGGUGCUCAUAGCCCGUUGGUGCUCAGUUCGACGAGCGGGCGGCCUCUCAUCCCAUCGCGCUAGUCGUGGUUGCUCUAGUAGAAUACGACCUGUAUACCUAAAAUCUCACAAAGGCUGCCAGACCCUUUUGAUCAUGCUGCUCACUGGAGCCUACCGUCGCCGUACAGUGCGUACUAGCAGCGAAGCAUACGACUGUACAUACAGAACUGCGUGUUGUCGAGAACCAGGAUUAAUUACAGUCCAGUAGCAGUCGUGGGAGUAGGACGCGACCGGUGCAAUGCACGUAGAAGGCACGGGGGAUGCAACUGCGGUUCUCCUUUCCUCUCCAUUCUCCUCUCUCUAUUCUGCAUUCCCCUGCUGGUAACAGUAGUCACAGCGCAUUCUUCUGAUCAGUUGUAGUACGAGGGGUGCGCGGUGUCAGGAUGCACCUCAUUCAGCAGCUCAUGCGAGCACCGCUCGUUUUGCCUUCUAUCAUGGAGCCUCACCUACUGUACGACCCCCUCGUCGCUGGCUCCUCGCUGGCUCUAACUCCCCCUCGCCCUCUACAGUAUCGUGCUGGCUCGGCACUCGAACCAACCUGAGUCGUGUUAUUCGAUGUACACCCAAGUAUUCGAUGACAUAGCACAUAUUAGAGUCCACUGUUUGUUACCAUCACCCCAAGUUCGGUUCAGGUUUGUAAUGUCGCACGGAGAGCGAGUCCCGUCGAACGUGGGUUUCUCCGGCAAGCGAACGUGGGUUUCUCAGGGUGACGCAGUAUAGCGGUACAGUCACCACCAGUCAAAACAAUCGUUGCCAUCGAAUACUUGGUGUACUGUACUCUUGUAGUAGGAUGCGUCUGCCGACGUGGAAGGGGCACAAGCCAGGUACAGUAGCGUUUCUCACCCUCCCCCCCACUACCCCCCUAGAACCAUUCAAGGCUGGCCGCUAUGAGUUUCCAUCCUCACUCGCCUAACACGCCUCACUCGUCUCACUCGCCUCAGGCUGCGCCUCUCGCCCAAAUAGAAAGAAUCUUCCUCUCCGCGGACCAGCGGAGGGGUGUCAGUCACUGUCCUCCUCCCGUCCUGCGCGCUAGAAAACGCUCCGAUUCACCCAUUGGCCAGAUUCUUUCUGCAUACUGUAGACCGCUCUUCGCUACAGUACUACUGCGCAACAGUCCGACAGUAUGGUACAGCUUGCACCGCUACCGAGUAGCGCCGUGAGUGGCGGAUCCUCCCAGAAUGGACGUGCUGCCUUCUAGCCACUCCUCCCUCCCUCUCACCGCUCCUCUUUCCUCCGUAGUUUCUCUUCGCCACUGCCUUGUCUGAUCGAACUAGACCAGACUCUCUGCGUCGUCCCCUUGUCGCUUGGCAACGGACGUCCGCUCGUUGCCCGCCUACGAUCCUCUCUGCCUCAACCUCGAAAACGCUUCCUUCUCUCCACCAGAGACAUUCGCCCUGUAUGAGCCCCUCUUUUAGACGCGCGACCAGCUGGAAUCCGUGCUACUGACUCCCUGCGCGCCUCAGCCACGCUCAGUUCCUCUUCGGUUGACUUCAGCCAGCCACGGGACCCGCGUUCGAAGUAGCCGCUGGUCAACGCGCCAUCCGGAGCAGCGCGUUUUCGACCAGCCUCAUAAUCCAUGGCGGCUCCUUUCCACAGGGCCCACUCCGCCGACACCGCGUGGAGAGGGGCAACCGGGGGCACCAGGAGGCAGAGGAGGCGGGGGAGGCGGAACAGCGGGGCGCAUAGCUCACAGCCCGAGUUAUCCCAACUCUGGGUAUGCUACUAACGGGGAUGGGAACCUUGGGGGCUCGCGGCGGUCUCUGGAGGGCGGAGGCGGUAGCUCCAAGGCGCUUUCGAGAUCCAGUAGCGGGGCAGUUGCUAACGCGGAUGCCACGGGUGGUAACGGAGAGGUGGGGAGCAGCAGGUGGCUAAGGCGGGGGGAGAGCGGCGAGGGGAGCGGGAAGCAUUGGUCCGGUACAAGCAGCGCGUUUUCUGCUAGUAGCGAAACGCCGCGAGCCUGGGCGAGCCAGCUGUCCGCCAGUGGUGACAAUAGCGGGGGUGCUAUUGUAGAGCUAGGUGACUAUAACGACCAGAUGGCCACAUCCCCGUACCCAGAGGCGAUCAAAGAGGAGGAAGGGUCCGUGGAGGGCCGGAAUGUUCCAAUGCCGGAUGUGACUCUAGAGGAGGAGCUCGCCGAAUCCCUCAUGCCGCUCAAGUGGGUGUUCUUCCCCGAGGCAGACCCCAUUCAGCAGUUUCGUGGAAAGCCGUGGCGGGAGAAGAUCUGGGUGUUCCUCAAGGGCGUGUUCCCGAUCCUGGAGUGGCUGCCCAAGUACGACCUGUGGUACUACCUGCUGGGUGACAUCAUCGGGGGGGUGUCCAUCGCUAUAAUGUCCGUGCCUCAGGACCUCUAGUGAGCAAGUACGCCAACCUCCCUCUCUCGCCCCGCCAACCUAGCCCGGCCAACCUAGCGCCCCGCUUGUGUGUCCCUCUGUGUGUGUGUCUACCUCCCCCUCGCCCUCUCGCGCCAUCCCAGGACGUGUCAUACGCCAAGCAGCAGUUUCAUCCCGCCUCUGCUGUACCGCGAUACAGGGCUCCUCCAAGCACUUCAUGAUCGCCCCUGUGUCCGUCGUGUCUCAGCUGCUGGGCAUCACCCUCAGCGCCAUAGUGGACCCCAACGCCGACCCUGCUCUCCCCUCUUCCCGUCGCACAAGCCCGUGUGGGUGCAGAGGGUCGAGGCUCUGGAGGCCGAGGGAAUCACAGUGAGCGAGGAGGAGCAAGCUGCAGAGAUGAUGAUGACUGAUUUGUGAUUGUGAUUGAAGAGAAGUGAUUAUGCUGUCUGGCAUGUUGAUGCUUUGUAGGCGGGGGCUCUGGAGGCCAAGGGGGUUGCUGUGAGAGAGGAGCAAGCCGCACAGAUGACGCUGAUUAUGAUGGUGCUGAUGGUGAUAAUGAUGGCGGUGGGUGACAUCUGAUGCUGAUGGCGCCUGUAAUGUGCUGGUGCCGGUGCUGGUGGGUGGAUGAGCAUGCAUGACCUAGAGCCUCAGAUGGCCGCGCUGCGCAGAGCUGCCGGGGGGCACAUGAAACUCCCCAGGGUCCAUUCUCCACCUCCAGUCUACUGUAGGUACUAAACAAGGUCAGGCGUUCCUGGCCAGGUUGUGUGCGCCUGUUUUUCCUGCUGCUUGUUUCCUGCCUCACCUGCUUAAAGUCAUGGGACAUUGGAUCUUGGGGCGUACCGAUCUUGAAGCCUAUUUCUGUAAAGUAUUGUAUAUUUAUUGCAGCAUACCCUG